CCGAGAAAUUUGAUCCGCCGAUCACAGUCAUUCUAUGUUCGAGGGAUUGUAUUAGCUCGGGAGAGUAAUAACCGCCGUUCUCCUCAAGAGCGCAAGAGAGGUUCGCCCAUGAUCUCUUCGCCCCGUAAGGACGCAACAUCCCACCCAUUCCUGCGCCGCCCUUCAGUCACAAUGAGUGCAUGAACGCCGAGUCCAGUCGCAGGCACUUGGUCUCUCCAUCUUACUCCUCUCUGAAACCACCAAAUGCCGCCGUCCUGGCGAGCUGGCCUUGUCAACGCCUUUCCAAUUCCCGAAGAUCGCUUGAAAUCAAAAAAGGGCUUGAAGAGAGACAAGGAUGAGCACAAAUCUGCGUCGGCAGACCCUAAUGAGCUGUCUUUGCCAGGAGGGCUGUUUAAGUUCUUCGACCUACCGGGAGAGAUCCGUAACAAGAUCUACAGUCUGAUUCUUUUCCGUGGUGCUAGUUACAGAGGAAUCGACGGUCGGAAGAAAAGCCGUACGUCAAUUCUCAUGGUCAACAGACGGAUGCACCAGGAGGCCUCAUACAUUCUAUACAGCUCAUUGAGCUUUAGAAUUUUCCCUCUGCAGGACUUUACACCUGCUCCUCUCAUCCAGGAAUUACGACCCAUGUACAGGUCUAUGGUAACCAAGCUAGAAAUGGUGAUAGGCUCAAGCUGGACGAAUCCACCGAAGACGUGGCGGGUCAGUAAACUCCUGGCGAAACGACUAGGGAAAUUAUCUGCCGUGCAGACUCUCAAGUUGUUUGUGCAGUGCGACCCAAGCCUGCCCACGUACGAGAAGUACCGGAUUUCAUUUAACUUCUAUACCGACUUCUGCGGUGACCUGCUCCGGGCUGUUCUGGCGGUUAUGCCACAUCUUCAACACAUCGAGGUUGAUGGCAAUCCUGGCAUCGAGACGACAGGGCCUUUGGUGUCUCGACUACUGGCUGAGGCUGAAGCCAAGGGUAAGACGUGGACAUUGGGGCCUACAAAGCCUGUUGCUACUUCGGAAGGACUCAAGAUGCUCUUCUGGGUCUGAUUAUGCAUUAUGAUUUUCCACGAAAUAAUGAACAAUGAGACAAUGUUUGCCGAACAUA